UGAAUACUUAACAAUGAGUCCAAGAAUGAAUGAAAUGAAUGAUAUACGUUUUAUCGAUACAUCUCAAGUGCCAAGGACUUAUAUCCAAAGUCUUGAACAAUGUGUUUACCGCCUUCAAGACAGUUCUUCAAAGCUUCAGAAUACUCUAUUUAAUUUAAAAAGUAAUUCGCGCGACUUUUCAAGGAUAAAAAAAUUACUUGAUUGUCAAAGGGUAUAUGAACUAGUCACUGAACCAGAGAUACGUGAUACUCAAAGUUCAUUGGCGGUUCAAAUCGAACCUCGCAUCAAUGUUCUUUUAUCAAAAGCAGAAGAAAUGUUACAAGAAUUAAUAAUAAGAGAGAAUGAGCUUCAAGAGGAGGUUAUAUAUAUAUAUAGAUACAUAUAUUUUUCUAUACGUAUGAUUAAAAUUUAUAAUUUAUUUUUUUAAUGAUGAUCGAAAUUUUUUUAAAGGUGGAUAAACGUGAGAUGGAGUUAGAUGCAGAAAUGAAAAAAUCAUCUCAAUUAGAAUU